AUGUCUUUCCUUCUCUACAGUGCCUUUGCUCUCUUCAUUGUCUUCGUCAUUCGCAGCCGUUUUAGCAAGAAUCGCUACCCUCCUGGUCCACGUGGGCUACCAAUUUUGGAAAACAUCCUCGACAUUCCUAGGACUCAGGAGUACAAAGUUUAUGCGCAGUGGGGGAAGACAUAUGGCGCCAUAACCCUUGCAGGCGAUGUCUGCUCUGUGUCUACUUUCGGCACUAGACUAGUUAUUUUGAACUCCCGAAAGGCUGCACAUGACUUGCUCGAGAAGCGAAGCGAGAAGUAUUCAAAUAGACCUUCAUAUGUCAUGGCCGGAGACCUUGUAGGGUGGAAGGACACUCUUGUCCUUUUACCCUAUGCUGCCCGUCUUCGAUCGUAUCGGACGAUGAUUCACAAGCUUAUUGGCACAAAAAUCGCUGUCAAAGAGUUCAAUGAGUUCAUGGAAAGAGAGGCACUUCUCUGCGCUCGCCGUCUAUUGAGCGACCCGAAUGAUUUCAUUGGACCAAUCCGAAAGGCCGUCGGAGCAAUUAUAUUGAUAAUAUCGCAUGGACAUAGUAUCGAGGACGAGCAUGAUCCUUUAGUCAGAGCCGGAGACGACACCACCGACCAGCUAGGUGUCCUUCUCACUCCCGGAACUUUCCUUGUCGAUACAUUUCCUAUAUUACGUUUUCUGCCAAAGUGGAUGCCAUUUCAUGUCAAGGCCGGCCGCUGGAAAAGGACGCUGUAUGAACUGACAGACGAUUCGUACCGCUUUGCAAAGAACACCGUGUACGAUGGAAAAGAAAGUCUCCCUAAUCUCAUCAGCCGGUUCACAGUUGACCGACAGAUCAGCGAGGAGGAAGAGAUCGACAUCAAAUGGGCUGCAACAAGCCUGUACACAAGUGGUGCUGACACUCCUGUUUCCGCUAUGCAUUCGUUUGUUUUAGCGAUGGUCCUGUAUCCUGAUGUCCAAAGGAAAGCUCAGGCAGAAGUCGAUGCAAUUGUGGGUAGCGGGAGGCUCCCAACAUUUUCUGGCAGGACCCAUUUGCCAUACACUGUGUGUCUGAUGAAAGAGGUUAUUCGUUGGGGGGUACGUUGUUUUCCCCUAGCUGCGCCACACUGUGUGACCAGAGACGAUGUCUAUAACGGAUACUUUAUCCCUAAAGGCUCGAUCGUCCUUACUAAUAUCUGGUGUGUGCAAUUGUUGAACGACCCGGACGUGUAUCCCGAGCCGCAUGUAUUCAACCCGGAUAGGCUCCUUCACUCCAAUGGUAAAGCUCCGCAGCCUGAUCCCUAUGACGUGUGCUUUGGCAUUGGCAGAAGGCAAGUAGACCUCUAUCCAUCUACUCGACAGUGA